UUUUUACAUCCCUAUCAAACAGACAGCAGGCAGGGCAGGCAGCUCAGCAGGACAGGUCAACUUAAGUGUCAUGGUGGUUUUGUAACUAGUUGUAGGAAAACAAGGUGUUUGUUUCAUUUUCUUUAAAAUGUGAGUUUUGUAUAAUUUAAUACUAACUUUUAAUAAUUUUGUUUAAUUUUCUUUGUAAAUAAAAAUCUUACCUGCCUGUUUAAAGAAGUGAGCGCUAGUCAUUCGAAAACAUUGUGAUAUGGUGAUAAUAAUGGCAUAUCGAGUUUUGUUAGUUUUUAUUUUCGCUAUAUGUGUUAAGACAGAAGAAGAAUCAACAGCUUCCCGUAUGACAACAGUAGAAAGAUUUAAUCUAAGGGAGGAAGCAAGGAAGAUGUUUUAUCAUGCUUAUGAUGCAUACAUGAAUAAUGCAUACCCUGCUGAUGAGCUGAUGCCAUUAAGCUGCAAGGGAAGGUGGAAAGGCAUCACACCAAGCAGGGGAGACAUGGAUGAUACCCUUGGCAACUUUUCUCUCACUCUCGUGGAUAGCCUGGAUACGCUGGCAGUGAUGGGCGACUUCUCAGAAUUCAGCCGGGCGAUGCAGCUGGUCAUCAAGGAUGUAACCUUCGACCACGACAUUGUCGUAUCUGUCUUUGAGACUAAUAUACGAGUUAUUGGGGGUUUGCUGUCAGCUCACGUGAUAGCGACGUCCCUGCAGCCGGAAGUUCCGGUGCUGCAGUGGUACGCCGGGGAGCUGCUGGCCAUGGCCGAGGAUCUGGGCAAGAGGCUGCUGCCCGCCUUCAACACUUCUACUGGAAUACCUCAUGCUAAUGUAAACCUAAGACACGGCAUCCGAGGGAUGUCGGAAUCCCGCGAAACGUGUACCGCUUGCGCGGGAACCAUGAUCCUGGAGAUGGCGGCAUUGUCGCGGCUCACUGGCAACCCUAUCUACGAGCAGAAAGCACACAAAGCCAUGGACAGACUGUGGAAGAUUAGACAUAGGACAUCGGAUUUAAUGGGCACAGUGAUCAACAUCCACUCUGGGGACUGGGUCCGCAAAGACUCUGGCGUAGGCGCGGGCAUCGAUUCCUACUACGAGUACUGCCUCAAGGCGUACAUUCUGUUAGGGGACGAGAAGUAUCUGGCGCGGUUCAACCGUCACUACAACGCGGUCAUGAAGUACAUCAGCAGGGGUCCUGUCAUGCUCGCCGUUCAUAUGCACAGGCCGCACCUUCAGUCGCGGAACUUCAUGGACGCGUUGCAGGCGUUCUGGCCUGGUCUCCAGGUGUUACUGGGCGACGUUCGGCCCGCUGUGGAGACGCACGAGAUGCUCUACCAAGUCAUGCAGCGACACACCUUCAUACCAGAAGCCUUCACCACAGACUUCCAGGUCCACUGGGGACACCACCCCCUCCGGCCGGAAUUCCUCGAGUCCACGUACUUCCUGCACCGCGCGACCGGCGACGCGCAUUACCUCCACGUCGGCAAGGCGGUUCUCAAAGCCUUGCAGCAGCACGCCAGGGUGCCGUGCGGGUAUGCCGCCGUCAACGAUGUUAGGACUAGGUUACAUGAAGACAGAAUGGACUCGUUCGUGCUAGCGGAAACGUUCAAGUACCUCUACAUGUUGUUUGGAGAAGACAGAGACUUGCCGGUCAAGUUGGAAGACUAUCUACUCACUACAGAGGCUCAUUUCCUGCCACUUUCAUUGGCCAACGCCGGGAAGAACACAUCCUACUUCUCAUUGAAGAUAGACGACGACGACGAAGAUAAAUAUAGAAAGACAUGUCCGAACACCGCCUCCUUAAUCGCUGAGAAGGUUCGGCAGCCAAUGCGUCAGCUCCUCGGAUCCACUGCGGCGAGGCCGCCCGCGCGGCUGCGGCCGCUCAACGACCCGCGGCAGAUACUCGCCCUCGCUGACAUGGGCAUAUCAGUCAUAACGCUUCCAGAUGGCAGAGUACAACUGCUGUAUACGACGUCAACGGCAAAAUCAGCGAAAGACGCAGCUGAAGGGUUGACAUUUAUGCGCGAGAUGUCGAAGUGGAACUCGCUGAGCGAUAUCGAGAACGGCGUGAUUCCAGCCGGCGUGCGGGUUCUGGACCGCGUGUUCCCGGCCGGGCCCGGACACUUCGGCAAGGAGCUCGACGCCGCCCACCUCCACGGCACCGCCGCCUUUGCCGACCCGCCCGACGCCUGCCAUCCUAUCAGCAACAAAAACCACGUUGAAAACAAAUUCGCCAUCGCCCAAAGAGGCCUCUGCACUUUCGCACAGAAAGUGCGCAACAUCCAAGCCGCCGGCGCCAGGCUGGCCAUCAUCUACGACAACAUCCCCGACUCGACUCACGAGACCACCGCCCUUUUCGCAAUGUCCGGCGACGGGAAGGACGACAUCAAAAUCCCCGCGGUGUUUCUCUUCUCGCAGGAAGCCAAGUUUCUCAUUGAUGCUCUAAAAGUUAACCCCGACCUCGUUCUCAUCGUCGGAGAGCUCAAGUCGUUACAGAAAAAAUACGAGAACCUCUGUGACGAUGGGGACUGUGAUACCGUACUUACUACUCAACCCGAAACGAUUGAUAAGGAAUCGAUUGAUCAUUUAAAACAUGUACUUAGUCAACUUGUGACGCAGUUCGAGUUAUCUCUAUCCAACGAGGAGCCGAGUGGGCAGAAAUCCUGCCAGGAACCACUUGAAGGUUUAAACAUAUCUAAAGAAAAGUUCGUUAGCGACGAACGCAGAGUAGAAGGACCACCAAGCAUGUGUUCAACAAUGAAAAGUGAACAAAAAGAGAGGCAUCCGAGGACGACGGAGCCGCCCGCCAACAAACCAUGAGAUUUGUUUUAGUUUAUUGUUAAUUGUACAUAACAUUUUUUUGAAUGUAUGUGUAUAGUGUACAUAAUGUAUAUCUAUAAGUGAACCUGGUGAAUAUUUGUGCCUUUUCAAAGUCUAGCAUUUGGUUCAAUUAUUUAAAUUUAUAUUUUUAGUAUUUUUUAUCAGGCUCAUUAUUAUCAUGGCACAUGAACUAUUUUGUAAAUUAUUAGUUCAUACUUUAUUUUGGUAAAUUCGAUUGAGUUAUAUAAGUAGGCUAAGGCAAAAACAACGUGUUCAGUUUCGAUGUAGCAAUUCUGUUGCAAUAAUAAUUUUCCAUCUAAACAUUAAUUGUAACGCACCUUCCAUGGUCGGAAGAUAUGAGCAAUACAUGUACUAUUCAGAGACUAAAUUAGAUAAAGGCUGUUUUAACGAUAAAAUCUUACUAUUUAUAUUUCAUACUUUUAGUUACAUGAUCAUAAAUAAAUGAUAACAAAACAU